UUCUCUGCCUCCUCGCCUGGGUGUUCUGCUGACGGACUGGGACAUCUGCCCAAAGGGGCAAGCGGCGGCGGCGGGAGCUUGCCCUCUUGGGGGCUGAAGUUCCUCUAGCGGCUUGAUUAAAAUAUUUCAAGCCUAAUGGCUUCUGGCAUAAACAAGAUUAAUCAGUGCGGGACUUGCAAUGGUUCUAAAGCCGCUCGCAGCGGCUCGGCAGAGGAAUGCAAUCAGGAAAUGCACAUGAAAAUGUGCAAGAAGAUUGCCCAGCUCACUAAGGUGAUAUAUGCCCUGAACACCAAGAAUGAUGAAUAUGAGGCUAGUAUACAGGCUCUGAGAGAGGCUCAUGAGGAAGAAAUUCAGCACAUUCUUGCUGAGACAAGGGAAACGAUUCUCCAGUGUAAAAGCAAAGUUGAAGAAGAACAAUUGCUGAGAAAACGUAUUCAAGCCCUUGAAAUUGCAGUGGAACAACACAAGAGACUAAAGGAAGAAGCCUUAGCAGAGUUAACAUUGUGCAAGAAGCAGGUGGAAGAGAGGGAGCUGAGAACAGAAGUGAAACAAACACAGAUAGUCCUUUCUCCAGACAUGGCAGCUACCCAUGCAGACUUUAGAAACAAACUUCUACAUUUAAAUCAGGAGUCUGAUGGACUGCUAAAUGAAUGCAAAGCAUCUAAGAGAGCAAAUUUAGAUAAAAAAGUAAUUUUAAAUGAAAAACAUAGUGUAGAAAGACAAGCUCUAAUAAAGGAGAUGGAAAACCUGAAGAGUGAGAGCCAGAGACCAACUGGAGAAUAUAAUCAGAAAACAAGCAAACUGCAAAGCUCUUAUGAGAGAGAUAAAGACUAUUUGAAAAAUGCUAUGCAGCAACCUGUGGUAGAAACAAGGAAGAAUUGUCAGCAAAGAGAAAUUGAGCAAAGGAAGAGCUCAGAGGCUGAGGAAGGUUUUUUACUGCAGCAGGUGAAGAAACUGGAGGCUGAUCUAGAGGAGAAAAGCCAGAAGAUAAAUGAGAGAAAAAAGCAUUCCCAGAAGCUGAAGGAUAGAAUACAGGAUCUCCAGACCCAGCUAGAGGAAUUUAAAAGAAAAUCUGAGUGUGAACUAAAGCAACUAGAGAAAGAGAAAGAAGUCCUAACAGACAAACUCCAAAACUCUUCAUCUGAGGUGGUGCAUCUGAAACAAAUAUUAGAUCAACAAGCAAAUAAUUUCAAGGAGUCACUGAAGAAACAUAAUCUACAGUCCAACAAAGAAAAAGAGAAGCUUUUGCAGGAUCUUCAGAACACCAUUAAAGAAAACCAGAAUGUUAAACUGCAGCUGGAGGAAUCACAUCAAAAAGUCUUAAAAAUGUUGGAGAAAAGCAAAAACCAGGAACUCAAGGAGGCAGAAGAACGUUUGAAAAAGGAAUUUAAUGAAACUUUCAAGAUCCAACAUCAGUCUCAUAGGCUGGAAAUACAAUCCUUGGAAGAGAAAGCAAAGAAAGAAUUACAUGAUGAACUCGAGCAGAUACAGAAGCAGCAAACCCUGUUGCUAGGAUCUCUAAGAAUGGAACUCUGUGAGCAACAGACAGUGUGCACUGAUCUCAAGAAACAAUUAGAAGAACUCCAAAUGGAGCUGAGGAGUGUGAGGACACUGAAGAAGCAACAGGAAGGAAGCAGCCAGAACCAGAUCAGAUCUCUUCAUGAUGAACUGGAAAAGUGUCAGAGUGAAAUUUCUGAACUCAAGAAAGAGAAUUUACUUUUGAAGAACACAAUGGAGCUACUCAGUUCUGAGUUGGAGUCGCAGAAGCAAGAAGCUGCACAGCUUCAGGAUAGGGAGAAACAGCACAGAAGACUUAAAGAAUUAGAAGAAAAGUCAAGAAAGUGGGAGUCUACAUCAGAAGAUACAGACCUUAUAAACUGUCUGCAAGGCAAAUUAAAUGAGAGAGAAGAGAUUAUCAAGCAGCUAGUGGAAGGAAGAAAAUGUCAACAUUCACUUCUAGCCAACACCGAAUCUCACAGGAAUCGAUCAUUUUCUUUCAAUCCUAAUACAGGAUGCUUGACUCCUGCCAUGAAGCAACAGAAGAAAACGGUUGAAGCGCCCAGUCGAGUUGUCAGUGUUCCGAAUUUAGCUUCCUACGCAAAGAGCCUGUUGAGCUGUGACUUGAGAUCAAAAAGAAGUGCUCCUCAAAUAACAAAAUCUACAAGCUUAGACCGGAGUCCUGGCUGCCUCAGGGUGAGCUCUCCAUCAGCAGAGUCCUCAGGCAACAGUGCUGCCACAAGGACACAUGGCGAUGAACCACCACAAAACAAAGAUGACCAAAGCCAAGACCCACAGCAUCAAGAAUGGUUUACUAAAUAUUUUUCAUUUUAAAGCAGAGCAUUUCCAUACUUCUCAGAAUUACUAGAAAAGCUGUUCCUGAGGUUUUUUUUGGGAAUGUUAAACUGAGAUAUGAUUUAGGAAAAAGAAAAGUAAUUUCUAAGUAAAUAAUUAGGAACAAUUACACUCUCUUGUAGAAUCUAGGAACUAUGGAGUUAUAGGCAUGGAUUUCAGAAAAAUGAGGUUUUUUAUCAAAUUGUAAAUAAUAAAGCAAAAUUCUGGGUAAUGUUAUGUGAAGAGACUUUUUAACCAAGAGACUGUAGCACUUCACAAUUCCAUUCAAAAUUCAAGUUGAUCUGUGAUACAUCCUGUUAAUCUGCCUCCAGCUGAAAAAAGAUCUGACUUCUGUUGGUGAUUUCUGAUUUGCUUCAUCGUCUGUUUAUUUCUGCGUAUAACAAUAAUGUAAUUUUCAAAGUUUUUAAUAUGUUUUUGUUAAACUCGGUUUAAGCUGUAGAGCAUGCAAUAUACCUCCAAGGACAGCAUGUUUAUAGCAGGCUGGUUCAAAAAUCAUGUCUGGUUUGUGUAACAAACUGUUCUGUAUAGUCAGCAUUGCAACGCAAUAUUCCUGUUGCACUUAAGUACAUGUGUCAGCCUGAUGAAUUAGGGUAAUAUGUAAGUA